AGUCCCCCAGCGCCGCCAUGGCCAGCCCGAAGCAGUGUCGGCCCAAGUCGGCCCCGUGCCGCUCGCGGUCGCCGCCCGAGCAGCCGCUGCGGGUGAAGGUGGUGGGGCUCUUCAAAAGCUCCAGCUUUCAGGUGGCGAAGAGCACUGCUGAGGCUCUGAAGACUAAGUAUCCAUCCAAAUUUGAAGAUCCUAUAAUAGUUCCUCUUCAAGAAUUUGCAUGGGAUCAAUAUCUACAGGAGAAAAAAAGGGAACUCAAGAAUGAAAUCUGGGAAUAUUCUUCCUAUGUGAUGUGUUUUGUUAAUGAUCAGCUCCUGGGUGAUGCAUUUGAUCUUCAGAAAUGGGCUCAGAAGAUGUGGGAUAUAGUUGAUUUUAAGCCCCCUGAACUUUAUGAGGCACUUACUGUGGAUUAUGCUGCUAAAUUCUUAACAGACACUAAGCAUGCUUUUGUGUUCUUGGACAUUUCUAUUGAUUUUUAUCCAACUGGAAGACUGGUUUUUGAGCUCUACUGUGAUGCAUGUCCCAAAACAUGUAGAAACUUUCAAGUCUUGUGCACAGGAAAAGCAGAGUAUUCUCAAAGUGGAAUCAGGCUACAUUACGUAGGUUCAAUUUUUCAUCGAGUAGUACCGAACGGUUGGAUACAAGGAGGAGAUAUAGUAGAAGGAAGAGGAGAUGAUGGAGAGUCGAUUUACGGACCAACGUUUGAAGAUGAAAACUUUUCAAUUCCUCAUAAUAAGAGGGGAGUUCUUGGAAUGGCAAACAAAGGCCGUCACACCAACGGGUCACAAUUCUACAUCACACUACAGCCAGCACCCUAUCUAGAUAGAAAAUAUGUGGCUUUUGGGCAACUGAUUGAAGGAACGGAAGUUCUUCAAAAAUUGGAAUUGGUUCCAACAGAGAAUGAAAGACCAAUACAACAAUGCGGGAGCUUUUAAAACACAGACUGCAGGACCCUGUCCUUGAUCUACCAAGUCAAGGUCUCUAAGUGUGGGAAAGGGAUUCUGUUCAUUCAUUUAGCUCAACCUAGAGGAUCCUGUUUGGCCAGCUGGGCACUAGUCAUUUAAAAAUCACAGCAAGACGUAAGUGACUAGUUUCAGCCUCCUCUUUGUAGUUACUGAAAUGAGUGACUCUGUUGGUGGUGACCUUGCUCAGCUGCCUCCACCACUGCUGGCACUGCAUUCAUACUAUGCCCAAAGCCAUUAAGAUUUUGGGUUUUUCUUGCCCUUUGCGGAAGGUCUGUCUUCCAAGAAUGAUCUCUUAAGCAGACAGGCCUCUAAUUGAUUUGGGGGUUGCCAAAAGGAGGUAUAUGCUUUCUCUGACUUUUAAUUUUGAAAGGAUUAUAAAUUUACAGGAAGUUGCAAAAAUAGUACAGAGCAGUCCUGUGUGCUGAUCAUCCAGGUUCUCCAAUGGACAUAUCUUACACAACAACUAUUGUACAAUAUAUAAACCAGGCAAUCGACAUCAGUACUAUGUUAUCAUUUUAUCAUGUGUAGAUUCAUGUGACUGAUACCGCAGUCAAGUCACGCAAGUUUUCAAAAAGACCUCCCUUGAGCUACCCCUUUAUAGUUACACCUACUCCCCUGCUCUCCACCAUCCAUCUCUAACUCCUGACAACCAAAAUGUGAUUUUUUUCUUUUUUUGUUAAAUCACAGCUUUAUUGCUAUUUGGUAUAUGCCUUUAUAGUAAGAUUGGAGGUGGAUGGGGAGAAAGCAUACUGCCUAUGUCACAUUCUCAAGUGACCCAGAGGCAGCAGAGUGUUAAGAAUGUGUAUUCUGGAGCCAGACGGCCUUGGUUUGAAUCCUAGCCCUGCCAUUCCCUAGAUGCAUGCAUUUAGGCAAGAACUUCCCUGUGCCUCUAUUUCAGAUCUUUAUGUCAAAGCAUAGCACCUACCAAACAGAACUGUUGUGAGGGUCCAAGGAAUCAAUAAUUUAUAUGCAGGAUCUAGAACAGAACCUUUUUAUGCUAUAUGUGCUCAUUAAAUGUAUGCUUAAUAAAUU